AUGUUUUCGGAGGACCACGUUUUUCUUCAACUUGCAGAUUUGAACACUCCCUCAUCAUCAUCCUCGAUAUCCAAGAAGGAAAUCACCCUUACAAAAACAUCAGACAAUUCAUUCAAACGUCCAAAUAUUUAUUCGGAAAAUGAAUUCCAUGAUGAUGAUUUAUAUUUCUUGAUGAAAUUAUUGCAACAGAAAAUGAGAACAAACAAGGUUCGGAGGAACAAGUCUUUUUCAAUGGAUCCCAAAGAUGUAUUUCUGUUCAGUCCUGAUUUGUUGAAGAAUAUCUAUCAUUCCGUAUAUAAUGAAGAAUAUUAUGUGUCAGAUCUCUAUGAUGUCAAAAUAUCCUACAAUUUAAAAUGCAUUUUAGUGAGCGAUUUCAACCAUUAUUGUAUUGAGGUAUUUGAUCUUGAAACAAAAGAAUACAAAUUCAAAAUCAAAGCUCCAGAUCAAUAUAUGCGGUUUAUGUGUGUUGAGGAAAAUUAUGACAUGCGACAUAAUGAUGCAUUGAUAUUUGGUUGCUCAAGCUAUGUUUAUAAAUAUGAUUUAAAGACAUUACUAACUGUUAGAGAUGAGGCAAAUUACAUUUGGAAAAAUGAAGAUUGUUCGUGGGCACAAGGAAUUGCAAUUUCAUAUUCCAGAAGACAAGUGUUUGUUAGUGAUGCUGGAUCUAGGAGCAAAGUAAUUUGUAUUUUAAAUUUACAAACAGGUCAAUCGAUCCAAAAAUUUUCGAUCGAAGAACCAUUAGGAGUUGCAUUUUCUCCUAACGAAGAAUAUUUAAUUGUUAGUUGUGCUGAUACAUCGAUUUACUUAUUCCGAGAAGAUAAAACUCCCAAUGAAGCGGGUGUUGUCCAUUGGACGAAGUGUAAAACUCUUGUGGAGAAAGAAACUGGUGAAAAUGGUUAUAAUUUUGAACUGUUGACAGUUGAUACCAACAACAGAACUUUUGUCUUGUGUGAUAGUGAGAAAAGGUGUCUCAAAAUAUUCUCUUUGGUUACCUUUGAACAAAUUGCUACCAUUGGUUCAGAGUCCACUCCAUCUUUCCGCUUCAAAUAUAUUCCAUUUGGUUUGUGUGUGAAUGAGUUGACUGGAGAGUUGUUAGUUUGUGAAACUGAACAGACAGAAUGA